AUGAGUUUAUCAAGUAAUAAAGUAGAUGAAAAACAUAUGGCAAUUUCAAUUAAAAAAAAAAUAGAAUCUUUUGUAUUUUUACUUAUGUUAUGUUUGUGGGCACGAGCAUUGAGCCCUUUGCAUGGUAUCUCUAAACUUUUGCAGAAGCAAGACAUUCACCUCCAGAAAGCAUUAGAUAGAUUGACUGAUGCCUAUACAUGUAUGCAGCAACUAAGGAAUGACUAUUGUAGUGUAGUUGAAAAUGCAAGCAACCUGGCAAUUAAAUGGGGUAUUCCAACUGAUGACAAAGUGGCUCACCAAAAAAAAGCAAGAUUGUUUUUUGAUGAAAUAGAUGGCGACAGACGGUUGAAUAUCACACAAGAUAAUUUUAAAAUAAAAGUAUUUUUACCAAUUUUUGACACAAUAAUAUGUCAACAUAAAGAUCGCUUUAAAGGUUUACAUAACGUUUGGGGCCAAAAGCCGUUCUCUUACAAAUGA